AUGACAAAUUUAACAACAAAUAAUACACAACAAAUCGAACCAGUUUUACAAUUUAAUAAUACUAAACAAAAAGAAUUAACUAGUAUUGCAACACAUAGUUGUCAACGAUAUUUAUUUUGGACAAAUAGUAAAUUAGGAUCACAAACAAUAGAACGAUCGACAUUAGAUGGUGAUGAUGUUCAAAUAAUCGUUGAUAAAGAUUUAUAUUUUCCAACUGGUAUAACAGUAGAUCAAAAAUUGAAUCGUAUCUAUUGGACAGAUGAUACAGAUGGUGAACAUUAUCUAAUUGAGAGUGCUGAUUUAAAUGGACAACAUCGUCAAGAGAUCUUACAUGCACGUCAUCAUCAUCCAUUUAAUAUUAUUAAAAUUCAGGAACAAAUCUUUUGGAUUGAUUUUAAUGAAAUUUGGACGUUAAAUUUAAAUAAUGAUACCAUGCCACAUCAGUUAGCCAAAUUUAAAGAUGUGGAUAUGGUACAAAUGACAUCAUUAACUUCACCAUUCAUACCACAAGAACAAUGUAAUGCUAUUAUUGAAACAAUACCAACAACUAAAUCACUUACAUCAACAUCUACAACAACAAUGAUUACUAGUACUAGUACACCAUUAUCAAAUAAUGACAAUCAACAAACAACAAUCGUCGAAGAAGACAACAAACAAACAACAACAACCACAACAUUAGAAUGUUUAAACAAUGGUGAAUUAUAUACAAAUGUCCAUGGUAACACAAUAUGUAAAUGUCCAGCAGCGUACACGGGUGAUCGUUGUGAAGUAGAAGCAUGCCAUAACUUCUGUAUGUCUGGUGGUAUAUGUUCAAUACAAGGUGCUAGUGAAGGAGCUAGUGAUUAUGGUGCACCACAAUGUUUAUGUCCUGUAGGUUAUACAGGAUUACGUUGUGAAAUCAAUAAAUGUGAUCAAUAUUGUUUAAAUAAUGGUUAUUGUUCAAUAAAUAAUGAAACAUUAGAAGCACAAUGCGCAUGUUUGGAUGGAUUUAAUGGUGAACGAUGUGAGAUGAAUAAUAAUGGUGAUCAACAAGAACAACUCUGUAGAAUUAUUUGUGAACAACAUGAUUUAUAUCAAAUAUUAAAGUCACAACAUGAUACAUCUUUAUGCAAAUGUGUAUACGAUGUUAAUAUACCAGCAGCAUCAUCAAACAUACAAGAAGAAUUAACAUCUGCAUCACAACGAGGACAAGAAACAGGCGCAUCAGAUGAGACCUAUGGAAUGUUUGCAAAAUUACAAGAUCCAUUUGUAAUUGUGUUAAUUGUAUUAGUAAUUGUUUUAAUACCCGUCAAUAUGGCAUUAACAACAGCUGUGUGUUGGCUUAAAAAACGACCGAGAAUUAAACGUCGAAUUAUUGUAAAUAAGAAUGUAACACCAUUAACAAGUCGUCCAAAUGAUACACGAUCACCAGGUCCAGGUGAUCAAUGUGAGAUUACCAUUGAGAAUUGUUGUAACAUGAACAUUUGUGAAACGCCGUGUUUUGAACCACCCCAAUUACGUACAUCAACCAAAUCAUCAAAGACUGAAGAAAAAAAGACUCUACUCACAAAUAUGGAAAAUGGUGAUGACUUUUACUAGCAUUUGAAGCAACAAAGACAUGACCAGAGCUAUUUAAAAUGGAUUCCAUGGAUCUGGGUCUGGUGCUAUGAUGGUUUAAAUUCAAAAUUAUUACGAAUUUUAUAAUAGGAGAUAUAUAUUUAUGCCAAAAAAAAUAAUUACCAUUAACGGUGUGGUGUGGUGUGGGGGUGAUGAUAAGUGAAGAUGAAUUGUGUGAGGUUUGAAAUUUAUUUUGAUAUUGUUUAGGGGGUGGUAAGACUGCACAAUAUUAGAUUUAAUUUUAAAUUAAAACCAUCACAUCAGUACUACACCUAAAUAGUACAGUACAGUACAGGGUCGUCUAAGCUAUAUUGGGCAUCGGGGGUGCGCAAAUCAGACGGCACCCCCCUUACCAACAACAAAAUUAAAUAAACAUCAAAUUAAUUUUUCUAGCUUUUAAAUUGGCAAACUUUUUUAUGAUAUCGUCUGUUUUGAAAUCUACUUUCGAUCGAUACCAUGACCAAAUUUGUCAAUCUCUCUUGAGUCAUGGUUGAUCGUAAGUAGGUUUGAUUAAUUUCAGUUUUGAGAAAGGACGUUUCGCCUUCUCUUGUAAUAAUAAGAUCUAAAUUGCUUGUACAUUGCAAGUUGCAGGCGCACUUUGUAACAAAGUUUGGGAGCAAAGGGUAUGAGAUACUCAAAAAUAAAUCAUAUUCUUGUGAUUUUUUUUACAGAGUACUUUAUUUAUUAAUAUUUUGAAACAUACUGUACAUUAUUAAGCAUUAUUCUAAUAAUAUUCUGCUACAUUUUCAUGAAAAAAUAUUAAUAAUUCAGCCAGUGGUAGUGGUGAAAAUCGAGUCACCUCAAACAAAAUUUUCCAUACGGUAUCCAAGAUAACUCGGGCUUGCUUCAUCUGAAAUUCAAAAACCAAAGGGAUUUCUUUCGUAAAAAAGUUUGUCUUGAAUAUGAACGAAAGAAUUAUCAAAAUUAGUAUUUUAGAAAUUUUGGUGAAAGUGCAAUCAAAAAACUCUGAUUUAAACUUCGAUUUUUUGCCAUAAAUUUCCAAAAAAAGGUUAUUUUUGAAAGAAAAAAACCUUUGUUCAGAAACUAAUGAUUAGUAUGUAAAUGAAGUGUGGAAGUUAAGGCAAAAUCGGUCCAACUGUUCGUCCGGAUACUCAAAACUCGGAAAGUUUAGAUCCUAACAACUAAUAUAUCUUAUUCUCUUAUAUAAGUUAUAUUCUGACCCAAGAAAUUUCCGACCCUUGUUCCCCUUAAGUACUUUUCAAAACUGAUUGAUUAUUGGCUAGAUCCUCCCAAAACCCUAUACCCUUGCAUCCCCAAAUAAAGACGGCCCUGGUGCAGUAGAUAACCUGGAUAAAAAGUAAAUUAAAUUUCCGCUGUACUUAGUUUUAAAAUAUAGAAUGACAUGACACAUGAUGUGAUAUAAAUGUGAUGGAUGAAUGAAG